AUGAAUAAAAAACUGAUUAUAGCCUUAGGUAUUAUAGUUGUAGUUGUUUUAGCUCAUGGAUCUUCGCAUUCAACUUAACAUUCUGAAAGCGAACAUCCUUACUUUAAGCAACUCAAGAAUUAUAUGCAAAAAAAUGUUACAAGCAAAUAUGGAUAAGUUGCUCUCAGCAUUUUUAUAGUAUCAUUCCCAAGUAUCCCUGUUUUCUUAUCACUAUCCUUUCUGGGAAGAGUCCUUAAAAAAAAAGGAGAUAAGAAUAACUUCUCUUCAUCUUUUUUGACUUUACUAUUAGCAUUCGCUUGUGGAACACUUUUAGGAGAUGUUAUGCUUCAUAUUUUGCCAUAUUUAUUUUCUUAAUCUCAUAGCCACAGUCAUGAUCAUCACCAUGUUGAACACUCUCAUAGUCAUCUUAUUGAUAAUCAUGUACAUCAUCAUGAUCAUCAUUUAGAAGGAGUAAAUUAAAAACCCUCUGGAUGCCCAUUCGCUAAUCUAUUUGGAAGUGGAUAAGCUAAUGCUAAGAUUCCUUAAGAUGCUGCACACGCUCAUUUACAUGCCCAUGACCAUUCUCUUCAUUAAGAAAAGGACUUAACUCAAAACCAAUAGCAAUAAAAUUAGUAAAAUAAUCAUGAUCACGAUCAUAAUCAUGAAGAAAAAAGCUCAAACACCUAAGCAGAAAAUUAACACCCUCAUGACCAUGAACACGAACAUGACCAUGGACACGAUCAUGAACAUGCUCAUGACCACGAUCACAACCAUGGUCAUUCAUAAGGAGGUCAUAAAUGUAAUGAUCCUAAUCAUCACCAUCAUGAUCAUGAUCACGAAACUCCUCAUUAAGAAGUACAUAUCUAAUCAUAAGUACUCAAAGAAGGAGGCCAGUAAAUUCUCAAUAAUUAACAUGACCAUAGUCAUGACCAUGAGCAUGAUCAUGGUCACGGACACUCUCAUUCAGUAGAAGAAAUGAAAGUUCCAUUGAUGAUAGUAGGAGGAAUCAUAAUUUUCAUAAUUUUAGAUUAUAUUUUUAUGAAAAUUCACAACACUUCAUCUAAUAAGGAUAAAAAAGUUGAAUAGGUAGAAGAAAUAAAGAAGAACAAAAAAUUAGGUGAAAAGAGCAAAAAUGAAGAUUGUGAUGAAGAUUCUGAUGGACAUGAUCAUUCUCAUCAUCACCAUCAUAGCCAUGGAGAUGGAGAUGAGCAUUCAGCUGUUCCAUUUUUGAUUGGAGAUUUCUUACACAAUUUUACUGAUGGACUUGCUAUCGGAGCUGCUUAUACAGUUAGUUUUUAGAUGGGUAUUACUAGCACAUUUGUGAUUAUGAUUCAUGAAUUACCUCAUGAAAUUGGCGAUUUUGCUCAUCUUAUCAAGAAAAAUUACAGUUUAACAAAGAUACUUUAAACUUAAUUCUUAACUAGCCUUGGAGCUUUAAUUGGUGGAUUUAUUGGUCUCUUCACUGGCGAAAUAUACAAAAAAGAAUUAUUGAGUUUAACUGCAGGAGGCUUUUUAUAUAUGUGCUGCUCCUAAGUAAUUCCUGAAAUAUAAGCUGACUUAAGAAAAGAUCACAGUUUUAAGAAUUUAAUAUCUAUAAUCAUUUCUAUAUCUAUUGGUAUUGCUUUAAUGGUAUACGUUGCCAUGCUAGAAUGA